AUGAUUGCCGUACACCAGGGAGUCCAGACACUACGAAACCGCGAGUCACGGGUCGCCGUGGUGUGUGACACGCAAGUCAUCUUGGGACAUGAGAUGUACAUUGUCGAGAGCAAGCUGAAAAUGCUCUCUCCGACUGGUCGAUCACGCAUGUGGGAUGCCGAUGCCGAUGGCUACGCUCGUGGAUGGAUUCUCGAACGGCAUCACACCACAGUGCUCAACACAGAAGCCCAGACCGCCUUGAUCCGCCAGACAUACGCGAAAGCCGGCUUGGAUCCUGUCAACAACCCCGACCACUGUCCUCAAUUCUUUGAGGCACAUGGCACGGGCACUCAAGCAGGAGAUCCCAAGGAGGCUGCCGCUAUUCACGAAGCUUUUGGUCAGCACAUCGAUGCCAGCGCCACCCCUCUUUAUGUAGGAUCUGUGAAGACCGUCAUAGGUCAUCUAGAGGGUGCUGCUGGUCUAGCAGGUAUUCUCAAGGGUAUCAGUAGUAUUCGAAAUGGGUCAAUCCCUCCGAAUCUACUUUUCAAUCGCCUGAACCCACGCGUCGAGCCCUAUUACAAAAACCUGCAUAUACCCACCGAGCUGACCCCCUGGCCGACACUACCUCGAGGUGUUCCCCGACGUGUUAGUGUGAACAGCUUUGGUUUUGGUGGUGCCAAUGCUCAUGCUAUCUUGGGGGAGCAUGUGCCAUUGGUUACUCGCUUCAAGGAAGAGCCAUCGAAGUCAUCGUCACUCACACCGUUUGUAUUUUCAGCUCUAUCAGAGCAAUCCUUGGUCGCGCUUCUGGAGCAGUAUUCCCAGUAUUUGACCGCCCACCAAGAUGAACUCGAUGCCUCCGAUCUAGCGUGGACUCUGUAUUCACGCAGAAGCCAGCUGCCCGUCAAAACAGCCUUCUCCGCGCGUACCAUCCAGCAGCUGAUCCAGAAGAUUGAUAGCAAGCUUGAAGCUACUAAGGAUAAGGCUACUGCGACUAUUGGUAUCCGCUCCAGCGGUAAGCCUGCAACGCCUCGUAUCCUCGGCGUCUUCACUGGCCAAGGUGCCCAGUGGCCAGCCAUGGGUGCUGCGUUGAUUCGUUCCUCUCAAUUUCCGGAGUGGCGGCUUACAGAUGAGAUUUUCGCCGGAGCAGAUACCUCCCGGAUCGCCGAGGCAGCAGUAUCGCAACCAUUAUGUACCGCAAUCCAGAUCGUGCUUGUCGACCUUCUUCAAUCAGCUGGCCUUACUUUUGCUUCGGUCGUCGGACACUCUUCGGGCGAAAUCGCCGCGGCAUAUGCUGCUGGUCUUAUCUCUGCCCAUGAUGCUAUCCGCAUUGCGUACUACCGUGGAUUGAGUCCCCUAAAACUGGGGUUGACCUCCUGA